AUGAAGGCAUCCAUACUCAGCAGCGUUCUCUUUGCAGCAUCCGUCCUUGCGGCACCCCGUGGCGGCCAUGGUCUUGCCCGACGUGUAGCAAACCGAGCAGGGCGUCUUUCCAACGUAGCCAAUGUUCUCGGUGUCGCGGAGGCUAUCAAGGAUGGCAAUGCCACUCAUGUCGAAUACAGCUCGAACUGGGCAGGGGGUGUUCUGACCGCUCCUCCAGCUGGCGAAACCUUCAAUGCCGUUUCCGGCCAGUUCACUGUCCCAACCCCAUCUGCACCACCCGGCGGAGACGGCGGCUCCUACUCGGCUGCGAUCUGGGUCGGCAUCGACGGUGACACAUAUGGAAAUGCCAUUCUCCAGGCCGGUGUCGACAUCACUAUCGACGGCAGCGACUCGUACUCCUACGAUGCGUGGUACGAAUGGUACCCGAACUACGCCAUCGACUUCAGCACCAGUUCCUUCUCCUUCAGCGCCGGCGACGUUAUCAGCGUCUCCAUCAAGUCCAGCAGCUCCACAAGGGGCACUGUGGUGCUAGAGAACCUCUCUACGGGCCAGUCUGUCACGCAAUCCGUCAGCGCGCCCUCCUCAUCAGCCAAGCUCGGGGGCCAGAACGCCGAGUGGAUCGUGGAGGACUUCGACGAGGGUGGCUCGCAAGUUGCCUUUGCUGAUUUCGGCACCGUCCUCUUUACCGACUGUGUCGCGUCGACAGGGAGCACGUCCGAGGGUACUUCGGGUGCGACAAUCCUCGAUAUUGAGGAUUCGGACGGCAACAUCUUGACUGAUACGACGAUCCCUAGCUCUUCGGAGGUCAAGAUCGUUUACACAUGA